GCCUACUUUCUAAUUACGAUCAUCGGGAUAGCCCAAUCGAUCGGGGCCCUGUUAGCUGGUUUCACCGCUUUUAUUCGUCACAUAGCCUACGCUAACCAUUGGGUUUACACCGUAUCCGUGGCCGGCCAUGCAAUAUCGAGCAUGCUGUUUAGUACUGGCGGAACAUUCGGCGUCUUCGCCCUGUAUGGAACACUAUUCGGGUUCUUUUUUGGUAUGCAGCUGGGAGCGUUGGCAAACGUUGUCAUAGAUUUAUUCGGAAUUAAAAAGUUCAACAACAGCUUUGGUCACUUCCUGUUUGCCGAAGGAAUUGGAUAUCUAAUUGGAGGUCCCAUUGCAGGUGCAAUUCGUGAUUACACUAGGAGUUACGUCAUAUCGUUCCUGUGCGCUGGUUCGUUCAGUCUGCUGAGUUCUGCUCUCCUCGUCCUGCUGUAUAUCCUCGACAAAAGAAAAAAACCCGCACCGACCGACGUUGACGGAAAGCAACGCCACUCUUUAGUAGAUCAUCAGAGAGCUGAGGAACAGUAUCACCCUCGCACGAUGUCUACGCUAACAGCUGAGAUUGAGGUGGGAUCGUUGGCAAACGUUGUCAUAGAUCUCUUCGGAAUUAAAAAGUUCAACAACAUCUUUGGUUACUUCAUGUUUGCCGAGGGAAUUGGAAGUCUAAUUGGAGCUCCCAUUGCAGGUGCAAUUCGUGAUUACACCAGGAGUUACGUCAUAUCGUUCCUGUGCGCUGGUUCGGCCAGUCUGCUGUGUUCUGCUCUUCUCGUCCUGCUGUAUAUCCUCGACAAAAGAAAAAACCCGCACCGACCGACGUUGACGGAAAGCAACGCCACUCUUUAGCAGAUCAUCAGAGAACUUAGGAACAGUAUCACCCUCGCACGAUGUCUACGCUAACAGCUGAAACCGAGGUAGCUGGCGCUCAUAACAUCCAGGUUCCUUGUAACCCUGUCACGCGUGAAUAGUACUAUAUAUUUUAUUGAUGUGGGCAGUGAUGUUGCACUGAAAAUAUACAAAUAGCAUAAUGUGGCCGUAAUUCAAUAUACAUACCUAUACUACUGUUUACGCGGAAUAUGAACUGACCACACUCGCGUAUCACGUAUAUGUACACCAUGUGUGAAAGAUCGACGUGAAAGAAAUAUUUUCUACAGAAUAUUGCGAAAAACAUUGUCUAUAUGUAUGUUAGAUAACUUAGAACCGU